GCAGGCACCGACAACCGCAACGCGGCUUCCACCACUGGCUCCACCCUAGCCAUCUAGCAGGGCGAGCAACAGAGUCCUAACGAGGAGUUACUCUUGCUCCGCUGGUGCCAGCGCGACCGGCAGCAGCAGACACACGGAGCAACGGCAACACUCCCGUCUGCGACACGCCGUCUUCCCGACGGAUGAGCCGUCCCUGUCAGGGGAUACAGCACAGACGCCGCUCACGGCUCGCCGCCGUCGGGAUCGCACACCACCGCGCGCCGCUCCUCCCCUAUCGACGACUCCCCCAUGGCUAUGGCCCCGGACCUGGUCGGCCGAGAGAUAGACAUGGACAAAGAUGAAGCCCCAGUGCCAGUGCCGCAUUCCUGUUGCGGGAGGCAGUCGCCCGCAUGCAGAUCAUCGCCAUCACAACCAUCGUCAUCACUACCACCGAUACCAGCAGCAACAACAACAACAGCAGCAACAGGAGCGAAACCGCGACCGCCUCAAGCCAGCCGUGAUUCGCCCCCUCAACGACGACCACGGCAUCUUCGCCUUGUGCGUCGGCAUUUGACUACUACUACAACGACGCCACUACAAGCACAAGCGACGUCGAUGAUUGACGGUAGAAACAGCUAAUAUUGAUAUCUGCUUCCGCGCGGAGCCGAAGACGGCUGUGCCGUCGCUUGUUGCUGGUGACGCAGUCAUUGAGGCAGCUGUGAGAGUUGGUGAAGUCCGCCGGACCGGGGGCGCGGAGGACGGAGAAGAAGGUGGCAGAGUCGGUCGAGGAAUGUGGCAUCGUUUUUUGCUAGUAGGGCGGUGGUGCUGGCGAGGACUGGCGCUGCUUUUUUAGGAGUCUGUCCUCGGUUCGCUGCUCGCGCC